AUGCUGCGUAUCAAAAGAGUCCCAGUUGAUAGUUGGUGUCCCACAUGCAACGCAUUUCCUGAAACCACAGUGCACUCUUUGCUUACUUGUUCUUUUGCACUUCAAUGCUGGAAUUUGACAGAUUUCUCGACUACUUUAGACACUUUUGGUUCCUUUCAAGAAUGGCUUCAAGCAAUCUUUGAUCAGAAAAGGAAAUCGGACGUGGAGAUCAUAGCAAUGAUUAGUUGGAUGCUCUGGAAAAACAGAAAUGAUGUGGUCUGGAAGCAAAAAUGUAUGGACGUUUCAAGUAUUGUAACAGCGGCGUUAUCUGUCCUUAAUCAAUGGAAAUUUGUUCAAGACAGGUACAGCUAUGCUUUCGUUGCCAGAAAUCAUAAUGGUACUCUUAUAGAAGCAAAAUCCAGGUGUGCCCAAGGAUCUAUAUCUCCUGUUUUGGCAGAAGCGAUGGGAAUUUGGGAAGCUCUUAGCUGGAUAAAAACCAGGAAGCUGUCAAAUGUGGACGUUGAAGCUGACAGCCUAGAACUAGUUCAGUGGAUACGUAGCUCUUACACAAGUUUAUCCUAUGUUGGCCGCAUGGUAGAUAAGUGUAAAAACCUCUUGGCAGGAAUGAGCAGUCAAAACGUGAUGUUAAGAUUUGUUAAACGAUCUGCAAAUAGAGUAGCUCACUAUUUAGCGAGAUACAGCUAUUUACCAGCUGAUCGUAGUUGGAGGGUGGAGAAUGUUCACCCGGAAUUUGAUUAUGUUUUAUGUAAUGAUUUGAGGAAAUAA